GAAAAAUAUCCGAGAGUGGAUCGUACAUUUUCUCUCUCUCUCUAUAUUUAUCUUUAGCUUCUAGCUAAUUUUACUGAGAGAGGAAUUUUUUUUUUUUUUUUCAAUUGUGUGUGUGUUUUUGUAGGGGAGAAGAUGGAGUUGUUUUACUAUAUGGUGUUUGGGGGUUUGGCCGCGGUGGUGGCGGCGCUGGAGCUCAGUAAAAGCAACAAGGAUCGGAUUAAUACUUCCUCAGCUUUCAAUUCCUUCAAGAACAAUUACUUGCUCGUUUACUCUCUCAUGAUGGCUGGUGACUGGUUGCAAGGUCCCUAUGUGUACUUCCUUUACAAGUCUUAUGGUUACGGGAAAGGUGAAAUCGGACAGCUCUUUAUUGCGGGAUUUGGGUCUUCCAUGUUGUUUGGAACAAUUGUUGGAUCUCUAGCCGAUAAACAGGGGCGGAAGAGAGCAUGUGUUACUUACUGCAUCACAUAUAUACUGAGCUGCAUUACCAAGCACUCUCCGCAGUACAGAGUUCUGAUGGUUGGACGUAUUUUGGGUGGUAUUGCUACAUCUCUCCUGUUUUCCGCAUUUGAGUCUUGGCUCGUGGCAGAACACUUCAAGAGGGGUUUCGAACAGCAAUGGCUUUCAGUGACUUUCUCCAAGGCAAUAUUCCUUGGCAAUGGCCUUGUUGCUAUUCUAUCGGGGUUGUUUGGAAAUCUGCUAGUUGAUACCAUGAAUUUCGGGCCUGUGUCUCCCUUUGAUGCAGCUGCCGUGUUUCUAGCUAUUGGAAUGGCUGUAAUAUUAUCAUCUUGGACCGAGAACUAUGGGGAUACUUCAGAGAACAAGGACUUACUCACUCAAUUCAAGGGUGCAGCUAUAGCAAUUGCUUCAGAUGAGAAGAUUGCAUUGCUUGGUGCUAUACAGUCCUUGUUUGAAGGUUCUAUGUAUACAUUUGUGUUCCUAUGGACACCUGCUCUGAGUCCAAACGAUGAAGAUAUUCCCCAUGGUUUUAUCUUCGCAACUUUCAUGUUGGCUUCAAUGUUGGGAAGCUCAAUUGCUGCUCGUUUAUUGGCCCGUAACUCAGUUAAAGUGGAGAGCUACAUGCAGAUUGUAUUUGUUAUUUCUUCUAUCUCGCUUAUGCUUCCCACAUUGACGAGUUUCUUGGUAACUCCUUCAAAUGUGAAAGGUGGCAGCAUCUCGUUUUCAGGCUGUCUCCAACUUCUUGGAUUCUGUACUUUUGAAGCUUGUGUAGGAAUUUUCUGGCCGUCCAUUAUGAAGAUGAGAUCUCAAUAUAUCCCCGAGGAGGCUCGAAGCACCAUCAUGAACUUCUUCCGUAUCCCACUAAACAUCUUUGUUUGCAUCGUCCUGUACAAUGUCAAUGCACUCCCCAUCACAAUUAUGUUUGGAAUGUGUUCCAUCUUCCUCUUUACGGCAUCCAUUCUUCAGAGACGGCUAUCAGCAAUUGGAGAAAAGCCAAAGACCGAAGAAUGGACUAUGUUGAAGGAGAAAAAUGCAGAGGAUGAAGAAUUAAAUGUUGCUUGAUCGAUUAUUGAAGGUUUGUUUCCGAUCUUCUAUCUGUUGCCAUAAGACAACAUUCGUCUUGUGUAAUAGGGGGACUACGGUAAAUUAUAGUGAUCCGUGCAGCAAAGGAUUAAGUAGUGAAAAAAAAUGCCAUGCUGUAAGGAUAGUCUUCCUUCUUUUUUUUUUAAUGAUAAUUUCUAAAAUCGUAUUUUCCUAAUGUUGGGUUCGUGUUUAAGUAUAUCCACCGAGCACCCAGUUUUGUAUUCAGACACUAAAUUUAUUUUUCUUAGCAAUCUUACUGUAAGGAUGUAAUGCAACAAGAGGAGCAUAUUCUUUUGAACACGUUCGUCCCGUCUUUUUUUUC